AAAUUAAACAAAAAUAAAAUGAAAAAACUUUUAUUUCUUUUAGCUGGUAUUGGUAUCUUCUAUGCUACAAAUCCCGACGAAAAACAAUUCAAAGAACAAAUUCGUAAAUAUUCAGAAAACAAUAAUGGUGGCUACUUGGCUGGUUUGGUUAUGAGAGGAAUUGUAGCUUUAAAUGCUUUCAAAAUUAAAAAUUUAGGUGUAUUAUCUUUAGCCUACUUAAAUGAUCCACAAAAAGAUCAACCACAAUUGGUUGCUUUUGGUCUUUUAGGAAAAUGGUUUUUCAAUUCAAAUAAACUCUAAUUUAAAGAUAUAUAAUAAAUAAUAAUCAUAAACCAUAACAUUAAAUAUAUAUAUAUAUAUAAUAACAACACUAAAAUAAAAUAGAAAUGUACAAAAAUUUUAAGAUAAAGCCAUUUAAAUAAAGCUUUAUUUAAUAUU